AGGGGGAGGGGGGGGGAAAGGGGGGGGGGGAGAAGGCUUCUGUAUGGAUCAAGGAGAUCGGACCGUGGCACAUUGGAUGCACAGAUGUCACUUCUACAACGUUCAGGUUGCUGAUGUGCGCACAGGUGCAGUGCGCAAGGCUGCACCUGGUGCGCGCGCACAGUCAAUUGUGAUGUGUUUGUCUGCGAAUCGGAAUUAUAAUGUCAAAGCGGGGAUGGAUCUCCGUAUUGUCCUUUCGGCCGUUUUUUGUGCGCAGCCUCUGGCGAAUGCCAAACAUUACGGCUUCAAGCAGGUUUGCGAGAUUUUGGAGAAGCAUGGUGGCACUGAAGAGCCAAGCAACCGGGGGUCUCCAGGAUCUGCACCGGAGUAUGAGAUAGAUCCAUCGGAGCUUGAUUGGGAAAAAGGGGUGCCGAUUGGGAAGGUAAUUUACAACUGCCAGAUAGAUCCAUCGGAGCUUGAUUGGGAAAAAGGGGUGCCGAUUGGGAAGGGUGCAUUCGGUGAGAUUCGACUGGUGAACUGGAGAGGCACCCGAGUGGCUGUGAAGACUAUUCUACAUGAUCUUGCCUCAAACGUGAACGUUGUGAAGGAGUUUAGAGAUGAGCUGGGUCUACUGCAGAAGCUACGACAUCCUAAUAUUGUGCAGUUCUUAGGAGCUGUGACUCAAAGUCUACCACUUAUGCUCGUGACAGAGUACCUUCCAAAAGGUGAUUUGCACGACAUAAUAAGGAGAAGAGGGGCAAUGAACGCAGGCACUGCGCUUCGGUAUGCCCUAGAUAUUGCAAGGGGAAUGGCGUACCUGCACCAGAAUAGACCACAUGCCAUUGUACACAGGGAUUUGAAACCAAGGAACCUGCUUCAAGAUGAGGCUGGGCACCUGAAGGUUGCAGAUUUCGGGCUGAGCAAAUUUCUGAAGGCCAAGAAUGACAAUGUACAUGAUGUAUACCUUAUGACAGGAGAAACCGGGAGCUACAGAUAUAUGGCACCGGAGGUCUUCAAACACGAGAAGUAUGAUAAGAGCGUCGAUGUUUUUUCAUUUGCAAUGAUCACUUAUGAGAUGUUUGAGGGGGGGCCUGCAUAUAAAUACCAACUCCCUGGAGAUAUAGCAAGGGAUUUUGCGAUGGAAGACCUGCGGCCUCCUUUUAAAGCGAGGACGUAUCCGGACGGACUGAAAAAGUUGCUAUCUGAGUGCUGGAGCAAGGAUCCGCGGAGCAGGCCAAGCUUUGUGGAGAUCGUGGAACGACUCGAGAAGAUGGAGUCUAGCAUUCCCAAAAUAGCUUCGGAUAUGCCUAGAUGUCAGUGCACGAUCAUGUGAUUCAUAAGAGGUAAGCUGGUUUGCGGUGAUGUGGCUUGCAAAGCUAUGCCACAAGUUCUCUCUCUUCAGUCGCACCAGGGCCAGGAUAUGGAAGACAAAUGGCACUGUGCCCAGCCCGCAUGGUUGAAGCACCAAGUAAUUAAUGCCAGGGAAGGAUAGAGGACUGGGUACGAUUAUGGCUGCCCACGCUGCUGAACAGAAGAUGAGGCAGGUUACCUGUGCGGAAAUGGAAACGGGCAUUAGUGCGGAUAUCGGAAAUGCUCGGUGUGCAGUCGAUGGCUGCCAGGCCCGGGUGUACUGGUGGAUUAAGAAGGCUGCAAGGAAAGCGUGUGUGCAGGCGUGGAGUGGAUAUUUGGCGGCUUGUCCGGCCGUAAUGACAAGAGGGGCGGUUGUAAAUCAAAUCGGAGCAGCAUAGAGUGCGGAGAUUGUGAAGGAGAUUUCUUGCAGAAAUGAGACGGAGAUGCCAGAUAGAGGACAACAGAAGUAGGACCUCGCUGACCGACAUGGGGACUUGGGAAGUAUGUAAAACGGUCACGAUAAGCACAGCUUUUCCUUUUGCGAUUGGGGACUUGGGAAGUAUGUAAAACCGUCACGAUAAGCACAGCUUUUCCUUUUGCGAUUGUAUGGACUUUUGCAGAGACAGGAGACACAAGGACUGCUAGGGAGAGUGUCUUAGGACAACAGGGGAAGGAGAUCUCUGACCGACUGGGAAAAACGUAAAAAGGCCGCGAUAAGCACAGCAGCUUGCUUUUUGGUAUUGUAUCGACUUUUGUAAAAACAGAAGACGCCAGGACUUGUAUGGAGAGCUGAUACUGGCAUUUUCACGGCUAUGCUCAAGGUUGUGCGCUUGUUCUACUUUCAGGUCACAGAUGAGGCAGCCAGAUUGACUAUUAUUUUGAGAAGAGGGAGCAAGAACACUGGCAGCUGCAUUAUUUCCUUCCGGGAAAGAGAUGUUUCGCAUUACUCCUAGGAGGGAUACCAAGCCCCGUCAGUCCAAGUAAGUGCUGCUGAUGACUGGACGGACGUCCUCGGAGCAAAUUUGACUCCAUAGAAUGCAACCCUUUGGGCUCUCUCUCUCUCUCUCUCUCUCUCUCUCUCUCUCUCUCUCUCUCUCUCUCUCUCUCUCUCUCUCUGUGGGUGUGGGUGUGUGUUUGUGUGCGUGUGUAUUUGUUUCACGACUACUUACGGGUAAUGCAGGAGGGAGAUUGUUAGGAGGUAGUGCGCUUUGCUAGAUUCCUGCGGAUUGCUGAGAAGAGUAUAUUUGUGAAUAGCAUCAUUUGUUUAUUGCUGAUGUUAGAGAAGGCAUGUGGACUAAAAGGGCAUUCAAAGAUCUUGUCAGUCCUAAAAGAGAGUUGAGAGGUUGCACUCACUUUUUUCAUAUUGUGUCCCCUUGAAACUGGGAAUCCAUCCCAGGGUUCUUGGUUGGGAGUGUCAGAUAUCAAGGCUGCUUCGUGGCAGCACCACCCACCAGGAAUGUGGAAUCCGAAGUAGCAGGCGAUCUGAGAGAGGGGUCUUACCGGAGCAGGUUCAGAAUAUAUGGGGGCAAGGUUGGCAGUUGGUCAAUUUUAGGGCCAUGGAAUCUUAGCAGGCUAGUAGGAGUGCACUCAUGGGUAGGCAGGCCAGGUACAUCUGUAUCGUAUCACGUUUUCAACC